AUGACCCAUAGCCAGUCAGGAGACUUACUGCCAUUAGACCUAGAGCUUGAAUGGUUUUGUAGGAACUUCAAGCGUGCUUUAAAGGCACGACUGGCUGCGGAAGAGGCUCUAGCACAGCUGCAGAUCAACCAGGAAGAAGACAUGGGUGAGCCUCAAAACAAUGAUGUGGUUGUCCCCGAUGAGCACACCAUGGGGUAUUACUGGACUGCCAGAGCUGCGGACAUGAGGUCGCCCAUCCAGCACCCUCAAGUUCCAGCCAUUAACUUCGAGGUGAGCACCUCUGUCAUCACCAUGUUGCGCGGCUUGGUGGUAUUCCGUGGAAAAGAGGGGGAGUGCCCCAUAUCGCAUUUGCGGCGAUUCCAUGAGCUCGUCGAUGGGAUUAAGAUAAAUGGGGUCUCAGUCAAUGCCAUCCAGCUAAGGUACUUCCCAUUCACUUUGGAGGUGCAAGCCAAGGAGUGGCUGGACACUCGGCCUCCAGAAUCGAUCACCACGUUCACCAACCUGGCGGACAAGUUCCUCACCCGCUAUCAUCCUCCGUCCAAGACGGCGGACCUGCAAAAGCAGAUCACCCAUUUUGCGCAGGAGGAGGAUGAAACCAUUCGGGACGCUUGGGAAAGAUAUACCAGUCUUUUUCCUGAAAUGUCUCAAUCAUGGGUUCAAUGA